UGUCCUGCAUUAUAGGUAUAUAAAGAGUGGUAUUAAGCUGUCACCCAGCAAAGCCAACAGAGAGACUCAUCAUACUGAAGAGAGACCGCUGACAUCAGGGCCGAGACAGGCUCACUGCAGCAGCUUAUAAACAGCCGGUACUAAGAUGCCCGCCACCAACAGAAUCAUUUCAGAUACCCGGAUGGCGGACAAAGCAAAAAAAGCCGUUGGCAACGCACUCACAGAGAAGAUCCCAGACUACGAGCCAAAUAUCCCUGAACCAAAAUGCAGAGCUGAUCUCAUCAAACACUGGUUCAACCUUUCCAUGGAUGACAAGACAGCCAAUAAGAUGCUUUGGAUCGGAGAGGGUGGUGCUAAGGUGGCCCGUAUGACCGACGAUGUCACUUGUCCCGUCUUUGAUAGCCCGAAGCGAUAUGAGUAUUCUCCACAGGUUCUUUGCAAAGAAGGCAUCCUGGGCUUCCGUGGCUACUGGGAGGUGGAGUACUCGGGGUGGGUCGUGGUCGGGGUCGCGUACGAAGGAGCGGGGAGAAGGAACACCGACGGAUUCUGCGGCCUGGGAGAGAACGAGGAGUCCUGGUGUCUUGGCUGGAGCGGUACCAGCUAUAAUGCCUGGCACAAAGGCCACAAUGUAGAUAUCAUAGACAUUCCUAAGUACUCCACAAUUGGUGUGUACCUUGACCAGCCUGCUGGUAUCCUAAAUUUCUAUGGUGUGGAGGAGGUGAAGGAGGGAGAGGAGAGCACGGGAGUAAAGGAGGUUUAUCCUUUGCAGCAGAUUAGGUGCCCCUUUGUGGAGAAAAUGAGACCAGGUUUCUGGUUGGGGCCGCAGUCAUACUGUUUGAUCAUGAAGAAGGAGGAAUAAAGGACUGAAUCAUUACAAUAUCAUAUCUAAAAGUUAGCGAUUAUGAGCAGAACUCUGGUUGAAAGAGGAGUGAACCGUUUCUGUGGGGGAGAAUAACUCCCUUUGCCGUGGACUUUGGGCUUUGUAACUUUGCAGAUCUUUUACAUGCACGAAAAAAACUAUAUAACAAACUAAAGGAAAGGGAAAAAGCACAAAAGUAUAAUAGGUCCUCUUUAACAUUUCUCUUCCAUUAACUUACAUAAAUCCAACGUACAUUACAUCAUAAUUACGAUAUUAGCGCACAUGAGAUAUAUUCCUUAUAUACAGUAUAGCUGAGGCAGAUAUACAGUAUAUACAUUUCUGCAUUUCAAUAAAGGCAAUCAGGUAUGGGUUCAGCUGGCAAUCACCUUUUGACCUUCCGCUCCUGUAUGGACUUUCCUGAAACCACUGGACCACUCAAGGUUUAUACUGAUAUAUUUAUAUGUAUUUUUAUUCCUCCAUUGUUUGCUAAUGUACAGGGCUACCUUGUUUGGUAUGUAUGCAGAAUGUAAAGUUUAAAUAAAUGAUAAAACACUGACUGAGAAA